UACUUUGUAGCACCACCUGGCAAUAUACCAAAACAAUGACAGUCGACGCAGUCCUAAAAUCUUUGGGUACAAAUUUUUUAAGUGUGACAGAUCGUGGCUUUAUUUAUGGCCCUUUGGGAUGUCUGCUACGUCGUAACAUUGAGACUUUCUGGUUUCGAAACUGUGCUAUGGCUCUAACAUACAAUAUCUUUUUCACUUCCCCGGACAGAAUCCCUGAGACUCUAAGAGUCAGUAAAGAUAUCACCCCUAACGAUGCACCAUUUGGUCUUGCAAUGCUGAACGAUAUCAGGACUCCUUGGAAUCAUAGCACUUUCUCUUCUGAUAUUAAGACUAUCCCUCACAGAACUGCAAGAGUGACCGUAAUCAUUGAUGAGUUGGAAGCUAAAAAUCUGUUUCAUAAAAAGCAGAGAGAACGUAAAGUUUGGUGGCGAAAAUUUGCACGUAGUCCAUCUCGAUUUCAAUUGACAGAGAACAAGAGGGUAAAAAAUUAUGACGUUGUCGAUAUAGAGGCACAAUUUCCUUUUGGAAACAUCAUUGUAGAAACGAUAACACAUCGACACGAUGCUCGAAAGCUCUUUCCUCAGAAUGAAGAGCAGAACAAUAAUUCCAGUUCAAAUUUAAAUUUGAUCGAACAUACUGCCUCCUUGGAUUGGGGCUGCCUAACUCUUCUGUGCGAUGGUUACGAUAAGAUUGGUGGUUCACAAGAACUCCAUAUUCACCCAAAGUUGUCACCAUAUAAGGUAGCUUUUAAAAUUAACUCGGAAGGAGGUGAAAACAUCCAAGAAUUGAACGACUUAAUUAUGUACAUCAGUAAUAUCAUAAAAAAAGAAGGAAUAGCAACAGUAUUGACGAGUACCAAAGAAGGGCUGGAGUCCCUUUACACCCCCUUUAUUGUAAUCGUCGAUGACGAGAGUUUAGAGCACGGUAUUGUGAAAGUGAUCAGUAGACUUACAACGAUAGGUGAAUCCGUUCACAUUACAAACAUUGCGCAGUACUUUACAGUUCGAUGUAAUUAAACAAUACCUGUUUUGUGGAGACUUGGCGGCGUAUAACAAAAGGUAAAAUAUAGAUUCCUUUGGCUUGACCACUGUAUUAAACGCUGACAAUCUUAUAAUAAACAUAGUCACAUUUAA